CAAAGGAGUCCUCCGCGCUCGACCGCGCUCAUAAGAGAAACAGCGUGUGUGGUUCUUGACGUGCCGCGAACCUUCGAACACCAGUGCUGUACUACCCUGUGAGGAAGCGUUCCAGCGACUCUCCUGUUCCCACCACCUCAGUUACCAGCGCGACGUGCUGUUUCGCCCCAGACUCGCUCUCUCCAGGGAAGCCCUGUCUCCUGUCAUUCCGGAGAAACAGCUCCACCAAAGCCUCCUCGACUUCCGAGUUGCCAAGUUAAGCGAUGACGGCUUGAUGCCCGUCACAGGCUCGUCCCAUGGCCCUCGUUUCUGCUGAUUCCCGAAUUGCAGAGCUUCUCACAGAGCUCCAUCAGCUGAUCAAGCAAACCCAGGAAGAGCGUUCGAGGAGCGAGCACAACUUGGUGAACAUCCAGAAAACCCAUGAGCGAAUGCAGACUGAGAACAAGAUUUCUCCUUAUUACCGGACAAAGCUGCGUGGCCUCUACACAACCGCCAAGGCCGAUGCGGAGGCUGAGUGCAACAUCCUCCGCAAAGCGCUGGAUAAGAUAGCUGAGAUCAAGUCUCUGUUGGAAGAGAGGCGGAUCGCGGCCAAGAUCGCAGGUCUCUACAAUGACUCGGAGCCCCCACGGAAGACCAUGCGCAGAGGGGUGCUGAUGACGCUGCUGCAGCAGUCAGCCAUGACUCUGCCCCUCUGGAUCGGGAAGCCUGGUGACAAGCCCCCACCGCUCUGUGGAGCCAUUCCAGCCUCAGGGGACUAUGUGGCCAAACCUGGAGACAAGGUGGCUGCUAGAGUGAAGGCUGUGGAUGGGGAUGAGCAGUGGAUCCUAGCUGAAGUAGUCAGUUACAGCCAUGCUACCAACAAGUAUGAGGUAGACGACAUUGAUGAAGAAGGGAAAGAGAGACACACCCUGAGCCGUCGGCGCAUCAUCCCACUGCCCCAGUGGAAAGCUAACCCUGAGACAGACCCUGAGGCCUUGUUUCAGAAGGAGCAGCUGGUGCUGGCCCUAUAUCCCCAGACCACCUGCUUCUACCGUGCCCUGAUCCACACACCCCCACAGCGGCCUCAGGAUGACUACUCAGUCCUGUUUGAAGACACCUCCUAUGCAGAUGGCUACUCCCCUCCUCUCAAUGUGGCGCAGAGGUACGUGGUGGCUUGUAAGGAGCCCAAGAAAAAGUGAAGCUGGGGGCAGGCUAGAGUCUGCCACUGCCGACCUCACAGGAGAAGGCAACAAAGGAGUUCCUGUAAUCAAAUAAAUACUCUUCCCUCUCA